ACGAUGCCAAGUUUCUCGAGACGAUGCCGUUCGGCAUCGAACUCACGACCGAGCAGCAGGCCAAGCUGCCCCAGCCCUCCCCGUCCGCCGAGCCGGCCAAGCCAGCGCCCACGUCCCAGCUGCAGCGCGCGCUCUGGCGGCAGGGAGGCCGGCGCAAGACUUUCGAGCGGGCUGAGGCUGUGCGGACAGCAGCGGCCGAGCAGGCCCAGGAGGCUCAGUGGCGGCUGCAGGAGGCCAGCCUGGAGUUGGAAGGCAACGCCGGGCUGCAGUCGCUGCGCGAGGUGGUCACCUCCGGAGGCGCAACUGAGGCCGAUGCUGGGGUGGCUGGCGGCGAUGGGCCAGAGGCUAGAGACGACGCUGCGUCCGCGGAGGCGGUCGACGAGGAGUUCGCCAGCUACGUCGCUACGUCCUCGAUCGGCAUGUCCCACGCAGAGCGGGAGGCCUUCUCCAGCCAGCUCGUCGCCCAGGACAUGCCUGUCCUGGGCUGCGGGAAGCCGCAAGUGUUCCGGCUGGCGGAUCACCUGCCCUGCCCGGACCCCGCAGCCGAAGUCGCAAGAGCAGCCGCAGAGAUCGCUGGGGCUGCUGCCGCGGUCGACGGCGCGCCGCUGGGAGUCGCCGACGGGGGCUCCGAGGCCGCGCCAGGGCCCGCCGGGGCCGCUUGCGCCUGUGACCGCAUGCACGCGCAUGCCUGGACGCCCACCGGCACGGGCUCGUCGAGGCGCGGGCGACGGCAUCCAUCGGGCUUCUGCUCGAUCGUGACAGUGAACGUCACGGGCUGGGGUUCCCUGUUGCGCGAGCUUGAGCGCGGGGCCAUGGGCUCUGACGUGGUGGCCGUUCAGGAGCACCACAUCGACGAGACAAACAUCGUCCUGGCGCGGCGUGCUGCGUGGCGACGCAGCUGGAAGUCGGACUUCGCGCCCGCGCGGCGCACGGCGGCGGGUGGCACCACCGAGUGCGCCGCCAUUCCCACCAGGCCUUGGAUCGGGCUGCGCCGCGCGUGCCUCAGGGAGUGGGCCCCCGUUCCCUUCGCGGAGCGUAUGGCCAUUUAUCUUCGCACGGGUGGCGGCUUGGGCGAGCAGAAUCUCGCGCGCCUGUCCGAGGUGUGGGCGGCCGCACGCUGCGCGGGAAAGCCGUUCGUCCUGGCAGGCGAUUGGCAGUUCGAGUCCAGCUGCUUCAACCAGACACAGCGGUUCACUGCGGUGCGCGGCACGGUCGUUGCCGCCGGGCCACUGCGCGGCCAACAUGCCUCGAGGCGCUCGCCGGGCCCAGCCUCGAACCUGGAUUUGGAUGCGGCGGCGGCUCAGGCCGAGUCGGCGGCGACCGGGGCCGACGUCGACGAGUCAUGCCGGGCUUGGUUGCACAAGUGCGAGGCUGAAUUCCUUCGGCAUAUCGGCUUCCAGGACUCGCAGGUGCAGUGUGCAGCCAGCGGCGCGCCGGCACGCUCGGGCCGUAUAAACGUGGCCAUGCAGCGGUUUACCUUGCCCAUGCGAGCGCCCGGCUUCUGGGCCACGUGGAGCUCGCGCGCGCGGCACCUGAAGGGCAUGGCGGACGCCGAGGUGAUGGAAUUGGUGGCGCAGCUCGGGGUCGAGGCCGAUCGCGGCGAUUCCGCUUCCGCCUACGCGCGAUUCAAGGACCGGCUGGACUGGACUAGGUUCGCCACCGACGCCCAGGGCUCCAGGCAGGCGUUCCGCUGGAUCAAGGACGAGGCGCCGCGGGCUGCGUCGGCCCCGUCGGGCUGA